AACGUCAGUCUCUCCACAACGUUCAACAAUCGAGAUUGACAUUCACUUGACAGCGCGCUGUAUUUGUUUGGCGCGAGAUGUCAUCAAACAGUAAUAAAGUUAGCAAAGUUGGUGAUAAUUAUUAUCAAAAUGAUACGAAGAAUAAUAGUUUGAGUGUUGCAUUCGCGGAUAAAAGUGUUUCACAGCUGAAUGGAAGAUACAGAUCAAAAAGUUUGUCGAGUGAUAAGUUGAAUCAACUUAAUGCAGAUCGGGCUGCGAUAUUAGAGGAUGUGGAUACUGAAUAUUUAACAGAAAAAUCCGAAACACCCGGCUGUUUAGUUAAGAAUAAAAUCAUGGAACACGAUACACAAGCAACGAUGAAGGGCUACCAGGAUGGUAAGGUGUCUUAUGGAACAGAUAGUCCCGCCAAAGGUCGGCGAGUCAUAUUCUGCGUUCAUGGUAACCCAUCCACUGGCUGCUGCGCCGUCAUCGAAACCAACCCAGAUGGCGAGGAAAAUGGAAGAAAUGGCAGUAUCACUGAAGUUGAAAGGCAUUGUCACAGAUCACGUAAUGAAGAAAUAGACAAACGCGCGAGAAGAAAACUUAUAAUAGCCAGUAUAUUAUGUGUUAUAUUUAUGAUAGGAGAAAUUGUAGGUGGCUACAUGUCAAACAGUCUGGCAAUAGCGACAGAUGCCGCGCAUUUACUUACAGACUUCGCCAGUUUUAUGAUAUCAUUGUUCUCGCUAUGGGUCGCCAGCCGACCCGCGACUAGACGGAUGCCUUUCGGUUGGUACCGGGCGGAAGUCAUAGGAGCCCUAACAUCCGUUCUUCUCAUCUGGGUGGUGACAGGAAUUCUGGUAUAUAUGGCGGUGCAAAGAGUCAUCUACAAGGACUUCGAAAUAGACGCGACUGUUAUGCUGAUCACCUCCGCUGUUGGCGUUGCCGUUAAUCUAGUAAUGGGUUUGACCCUCCAUCAGCAUGGUCACAGUCAUGGCGGUGGUCACGGUCACUCGCAUGGCAGCGCUAAUCCGGAAUUGAAUAACAAGAAAGAACGAUCUGAGUCGGACGCUGAAAGUGUUUCGUCGCAUACGCACGAAGAUCACAGGGAGAACAUCAACGUACGCGCCGCGUUUAUUCACGUACUAGGGGAUUUCUUGCAAAGUUUCGGUGUUUUAAUUGCAGCUAUUGUCAUAUAUUAUAAACCGGAUUGGAGCCUGGUAGAUCCCAUUUGCACAUUCCUCUUCUCAGUCCUGGUGCUGAUCACAACAUUUAAUAUUAUCAAGGAUACUCUGCUUGUACUGAUGGAGGGAUCUCCUAGAGGAGUCGAUUUUCAGGAAGUGGCGAAUACGUUCCUAUCACUUCCGGGCGUGGUUCGCGUACACAAUCUACGAAUGUGGGCGUUGUCGCUGGACAAGACUGCGUUGGCCGCUCAUCUUGCUAUACGUGCUGGUGUUAGCCCACAAAAGAUUUUGGAACAGGCUACGCGAUUGGUUCACGAGAAAUACCGUUUCUUCGAAAUGACCCUGCAGAUUGAAGAAUUCAAUGAUGGUAUGGAAGAUUGUAGUCAAUGUAAGAUGCCUCAGUCAUAGAUGUGCUCAUAAAAACAUAUUUAAACUUUUCCAAGCUAGAUUUCGUAAAUUCGAUUUCAAUAUACGCUAUUAUUAAUUUCAAAAAUACAACGGAUUUUGCCAACGACCCGUUACAAUUACCAUUAGUAAAUAUAUAAAGAGCUAUAUGAUGCUCAAUUUUCUUGCAUAUUAAAAAUAUGGUUGUGAAUAUUUGAUAGUACAAAGUUUCAUAUAAAAACUGUCCUGACAUAAUUCUAUUUAUCGGGUAUUGUUCAGUACAUCUACAGAUUCUUGUGAAAAGGUUUUACUAUAGACAACAAUUAUAUGAAUACAUCGGUUUACAUUAAUGGCUUUAAUUUAAAAAAAAUCGAAUAUUUACGAAUAUUUUCAUUAUAUUCACCCAACUACGUAAUUUUCUAUUUAAUAUGAAUAUUUAUUAUCAACCGAUGGAUAACUUUAUUAGUAUUUAUAAGUAAGGGGUUUAAAUAUACUUAAACAAAACUCCUUAAAAAUAGACAUUUCAAAGUGUUCAAAUAAAUAAUGUCGAUUUGAAUAAAAUUAAAAAAAAAUGUGCCGUAAGGCGAUAUGCAGGGUACAAGGCUAUUUCACCAAAUAUUAUGUGCCUUUGAUCGCAUUAUAUAUAUAAGUUAAAAGUUCUAGUUAUAAUUAUCAAUAAAUUGUGAUUUUUUAUGACAUUUUCGGCCUAUAAAAUAUAUUAAGAAUUUUUUCCAUUGAAUUCUUCGUAGUCAAUUGUAGAAAUUUGAUUUUUGUUAUCAUCACUCUUAUGUAUAAGUAAAUGAAUAUACAACCCUAUAAUAGAGCCGAAAAUGUAUUAAAUGGGUCUUUGGUGCCUGCGUUAUACAAAAAAUAAUCCUUCGGUUUUUUCAAAUUGGUUAAAAUAAUCCACUUAUGAUUGAUCAAUACAAUAUAAUUUGUACUAGAUAUUUUCAUGUUGAUGUUAAUUAUUAAAGGUUCUAUAUGUCUAUGGAUUACAUAUCGAAGAUUAUGCCUGGCAUAAUCUCACUGUUUUCUAAAUGAUACUCUAUGGAUUGUCUAUGCUAUAGAGAAUGGCAAUAUGGUGAAGUAGCUAUAAUUAAUAUUCUUAACGUUUGUUGAGCAAUUAUAAUCAUAUUUAAUUUGUAUUAUUAUUCUCUAGUUGUAAGUGGAGAUGAAUGAUUUUGAAAUUAAACAAAUUUAAUUGUU